CUGCUCCUCGCUCACCAAAAACGCCGGCCCGAUGCUCCGCUUCCUGCUCUGCCUGUCGAUGGCCGCCGCACAGCAACCGUACCCCGCGGAGUGGGGCCUGCCGCCCGUCGCCCAAACCCGCGACCUCGUGCCCCUCCCCGGCGGGUACGGCAUGGGCUCGUCCACUCUCGCCCGGUGGAUUGGGCAGAAGCUCAAGGAAGGCGGCGGCGCGCAGCUGGGCGAGACGUGCGAGGGCUUCAACGAGAUGACCGGCAAACAAUUCCCCGCGUGCGCUAGUGGGCUCGUCUGUCAGUCCUCCGGCGGCAUCUCGAUCCCCGGCGCGGGCAAGAAGUGCAUCAAGCCGCCGCGCACCAUGCCGGGCGGGCUGCGCUCGCUCGACCCCGCCGACGCGCGCCUCGCUGAGGUGGUCGCUGAGGUGUACCAGACACAGGCGCUGGAGCGCGCGACGCAGGCGAGCGGGCGGAACGGCAUGCUGACCUCCCGACCGACGGUUGUCGAGGCGGCCUCCCAGGUGGUCGCCGGCACGAACUACUUUGUCAAGCUCCGCCUCGCCAGCGGCGAGUACGCGCACGCGCGCAUCUACGACCACUUCGGCAGCGUGACCCUCACGGCGGUGCAGGUGGCAAAGAGCGAGGCGGACCCGCUCAAGUACUUUUAGCUAGCCGCUGUGCGGUGGUGACAGGGUGGUGAUCGCUCUUCGUGUCGCGGUCGGAGGCGCGCAAUGCGUGGGUGAUGGACUGCAGUCUGCACCGCUUUGAGCGCGCCUGUGGGUUCAGGCUCAAAGCAUCUCCAUUGUUGGCAGGCGUCGGUGUGUUAAAUAGUGCGCAAUCGUUGCGAAUGCUAUGUGUACUUGUGAGUUGUUUGUGUGAUAUUUGAAUUUGUGCAUGUGCCCUUAUAUAGACAAUAGAGCCCGGCCAAACGCGUUGGAGGAGGAGCUGAAUUCAGUGUUGCUAGUUGUUAACAGUAACAUACCUAAAA